AAGUCGAACCACUUCGUUAUCGGUUACCACCAUGUCCUCCAAAAAGGCUGUCGAACUCAAUCCUCGUACGACCACAUACGAGUUCUUGGGUCCACCCGGAGCUCUUUUUAUCUCUAUGGCGGUUCCUAUCACGACUUACGCCCUCUACUUCGGCUGUUCGGAACACUCUGGAGGAUGUCCUCCACCGAACCUAUCAACAAUCCCGGAUCGCGUUUCUCUGGCCCUUUCUGAUUCACAAUGGUGGAAGGGCCUCUGGGAUACAAAAGCCACUGUCAUUUAUUUUGCGUGGUACGCGUUCUGCGUUGUUGCUUGGGCUAUUCUUCCAGGUGCUACAAUCGAGGGAACGACUCUAAGGACAGGAGAGAAAAAGAAAUACAAAAUUAAUGCCUUCUCUACUUUCCUUCUCGCCCUCGGCAUCACCUUCGGUAUCAUCUACCGAUACGGUCCUGGCGCAUUCACCUUCUUCUACGAGCGAUGGGUUGGAUUCGUCACCGCAUCCGUUUUAAUGUCUUUACUUCAAGCUAUCUUUGUCCACGUCAUGUCUUUCCAUGAAGGAAAACUUCUCGCGCUUGGAGGCAACUCAGGCAACUUCAUAUAUGACUUUUAUAUUGGGCGUGAACUAAAUCCCUCCAUCGGAUCGUUCGACAUUAAAUCAUUCAACGAGCUUCGACCUGGUCUUAUCCUAUGGGCACUCAUUGACAUCAGCAUGGCCUGUGAACAGGCCGUUCGUCGAGGUGGACUAGGGAAUGUCUCUGAUUCAAUGUGGCUUGUACUUCUCUUCCAAAUUGGUUAUAUAGCUGAUGGACUCUAUAAUGAGCCUGCCAUCUUUACCACUAUGGAUAUCACCACUGAUGGAUUUGGUUUCAUGUUAUCCAUUGGGGAUCUAUCAUGGGUUCCGUUCGUGUAUUCCCUUCAAGCGAGAUACCUCGUUUUCAAUCAAAACGAUCUGGGUCCGGUUGUCAGUGCCGCCGUUUUCCUCGUCAAUGCUGCUGGGUACUAUAUUUUCCGCGCUGCAAACGGCGAGAAGAACGAUUUUCGCAACGGAAGGAAUCCUAAAAACCUUCAGUAUUUCACCACUGAAUCCGGCCGCAAGCUUUUGACUUCUGGAUGGUGGGGCGCUUCAAGGCAUCCCAAUUACUUCGGGGAUCUCCUUAUGGCCCUCGCAUGGUCUCUUCCCACCGGGUUUGAUACUCCUAUCACAUACUUCUACGUGACGUACUUCCUGGUUUUAUUAAUUCACCGUCAACGGCGCGACGACGAAAACUGCGAGAAGAAAUAUGGAAAAGAUUGGGACAAGUAUAAGAAACUUGUUCCAUACCGCAUCAUCCCUUGUGUAUAUUAGGAUAUCAAGUGUCUGCUUCGUUGGGGCCUGGUGCAAUAUACUCUUGGUCUCACUCUGAAAGAUCUGCCUCGCCGAUUCGACUGCUAAUAUCUCUGGCUCAAACAUGGUAGCUCUUCAUUGUAGCUGGAUGACAAUAUUCAGCUCCUGGCAUGACGGUAUAAACUAGUGAUUGAAGCUUUCCGAAACUUGGAAAUGCCAAUCUGGUCGUUGAGUGAACCUUCGUCGCCAACGUUUCUUGCUUUCCAC